AUGUCAGUUGCAAUGGUGAGUGUCAAUAGCAAACAGUUACUUGCUGCUUCGAAGUUGGUUUUUAAGGAGGAGGAGGAGCUGUCCAAGACACAGUUUCAUGUUCACAGGAAGAAUGAUUGGGAUGAUGAUGAUGAUGACGACGAUGACGAUGAUGCAGGCAGUGUUGCGCCAGCCGCAUAG